AAUUUGGUAUCACUUGUACUAUUACAACAUUCAUCCCACGAACCCAUUGAAACCUCAUAACGGUUCGAAUGGUCGGAAGCAUGAAGUGAACGCGAGAGAGGCCAACAAUGGCACACAAAACCCUCUUGAAACCCACUCUCAUUCUCUCUCUCCGACUCAACAAAACCUUCAUUUCACUUCCCCACCACCCAUUUCGCUACUCACGCCCACCCUUUCUCUUCCUCAACACUCACCCAAUCUCACUCCUUUCAACAAGAAGAAGUAUCAACAACAACAACAACAGCAACAACAGCCACACCCUCUUACGGUGCUCCUCCAAUUACACGAGCACCACCAUCGAGGGUUCAGAACAAUGCUACGUGGACCUCACGGACGAGGAGCUGAUGCGGCAGUGCGAGGUGGACACCUUCAAGGCCUCGGGACCAGGUGGUCAGCACCGUAACAAGCGUGAGUCCGCAGUGCGCAUUAAGCACCUACCCACUGGGAUCAUUGCUCAGGCUUCUGAGGACCGCUCCCAGCACAAGAACCGCGCUUCCGCGUUGAAUCGCCUUCGAUCUCUUAUUGCUCUAAAAGUCAGAAAAAAAGUGGAUCUUGAGGCUUAUUCACCACCUCGAGAGCUGCUUCAGAUACUUCCCCCCAAAUCAUCCAUCAGAGGGUCAGAUUGUGGUCCACAAAUUGGUCCUAAUAACCCAAAAUUUGCAUUGGGAAUGCAAGCUCUUUUGGAUCUGAUUUUUGCAGUUGAGGGGACUGUCUCAGAAGCUGCAAAAUAUCUCGGGUUAUCCACUGGGGCACUGUCUCGGUUAAUCCUAUCUGAUGAUUCACUUAGAAAGGAAGUAAACGAUCUGCGGGCAUCAAAGGAAGACUAAAACGUUGUUACAUUUUCUUGGAGGCAAAGUUCAUUUCAGGAAAUGGAACAUCACACCAUUGUUGUAGUUGUGUGCUCCAGCAAGUAACCUCAUUCCCCAAAUAUGAUUUAAAAAGAUAACAUUUGCUGUGAUGCAUUUCUCUUCCAUUCAUUGGCUGAAAAGGAAUAGGUGUUUUAACCAUUAUUGCUACCGCUGAUUAGUAUUUCUAUUUUGCUAUAGGGAAGCUCAAUAUUUAAUGGAGAUUAUAACUUCAUAUUUUAUAUAUUCUAGUUAUUUCAUUUUGGAACAUUGUACCCCGCCGAAUGCUGGGAAAUGUUCUUGCAUUUGGAAAUGCAAGGCAUAAUCUUUUGUUUGGUAUCCUACAGUAAAAUAAGAUCUUAUUCUAUAGUUAUCCGUUAACCUACAUUCAAAUUCAACUAUAGUCCUUCUGUUAUGGUCAAAAAAUUAAGAUAAGAGUUCUUCUAUAAUGGUUUUUUUUUUUUUUUU